UAAUUUAUGCGUUAUAUAGAUGCAUUCGAGUAUACAUACAACUAUACCGACCAAAUAGUAUAUGAAUCUAGAAUAAUUAUAAAUGAAACUGUACUAACGAUGAACAGUAUCAACUAUCAUGUUUAUAAUUGUAACUCAAAACUUUCAAACCCAGAUGAAAACAUUGAAUUGGAACGAAUGAUGCAAACGAUUAUAAUUAACGAAAGAAAUUUGAGUCCAACAAAUUCGUGUGAUCUUGAGUCUAUUAGUAAUAUAGCCGACCAAUCAGGAUGCCGACAGCUUCGGGAUUGUAAAUAUCUUUCCGGCAGGAUUAAUGUUUGCGAAUCGAACGAUCCAGUAAGACGUUACGAGUGGUUUAGUCUAAGCAAUGGAAUUGUUUAUGGCAAUAAUGAUACAUGUCAUGGACCUAUAAGCUCCAUUGGUAAUGAUGGAUCUAGUUCAUCGGAUAGCUAUCAAUGUUUUGCUUUCCAUUGUACCUGUCUAAUAAAACCAUCACAAUCCCCAAGGGUCGUUACUGCUAUCAGUUUUAGAAACCAAGUAUCGGACAUCAGUAACAACAAGGUCGUCGUAAGCAUUAAAUUUGUAAAGACAUUGUCAAUGAUUCAAAUUCAAAUAUAUGAAGGAACAUUGAUGCCCUUUGGAAGAAUUAGUCUUGACCAAUGGAAGCCAUUGGAAAAUAUUAGUUACGAUGAACGUGCAGAAAAAUAUUAUGUUACAAAUAAAGAAGGGUGGCAAUUUCCCUUACUACUGGGAGCUCAUUAUGCACACCCAGAAAUAAUGAAUUUUGAUGACAUUAUUGCACCUUCAGGAUCCGUGGUCACGGGAGUAAGAUUUAGAUUUGCUGAAGAUUUAUUUACUUAUUCACAAUUCAAGUCUCUUGCUAUUCAAUUGCAAAUCCGUGUUACGCCUUUCGAUUUCGUUGGAGGCAAACUUGUAGAUAUUGAUGAAACACGUUGGAUAGCUACCGAAUCCCAAAACACGAGAUAUGAACUGCCACUAGAAAAUCCUGACAAGCCAACAAAAUCACCAAAAAAUGAUCCCGAUUCGGCGACAAAUGAAUUCAUCAAAUUUCGUCCUUCUGAUCUCAGUAAAGAUGCCGGACAAACUACAGUACCUUUUCUUGAAGGACAAAAUGUUCAAAUACUUACAAGACCUAUAGGUGGUGUUGGUAUUUUUCAUCGUGGUAGUAACGGAUACGGCGGAUAUCUUGCUUUCAAACUCUUUGACGUAAAUUUGUCUAAAUUUUUAGAGUCUGAUCUUUGAUAUCUUUAUCCACAAAUUCCGUCUUUAAAAAUCUGGACUAUUAUAAAUAAUUAACAAUAAGCGAACCUACUAAACAAUUUAUGAUGUAAUGAUUUUAACUUUUAAUCAGAUUCAUUCGGGAAUUUCCGAUUGAAUCUGAUUAGAAUUUUCCGAUCGAAUUCAAUCGGAGUUUUUAAUCAGAAUUAUGCUCCUACUCAGUUAUCAUAAAAAAAUAAUUUUAGAAAAACAAUAGUGAUAAUUUUUGUUAACUACUUUUUUAAAUUUCUAAGACUGUUUGUAACAACCCAGCAAAUAGGUAAGAUCGGCUUAAAAAUAAAACACAAACUAAUGUUUUCAACAAUAGUUAUUUAUUUCAAACUCGAUAAAUAAAUGUAACACAAUAUUCUACAAAAUAAUU